GAUAUCACUGCCUAACAAUCGAGACGGCCGGCACCGUUUACUGCGCUCAACCCCUCCAGUAUUACCACGUCUUCGUUUGUCAAGAUGGCCUCCACUGCAACAGGUUUACAACCAACUGCCACCAGUAUUGAUCACAACGGAGAUGAUAGUAGAUCAAGCCCCACAAGUUCGCCCCUCUUAUUCUUCGUUGCCCUUGGUUUCGGUGUUGUAUUCACGAACCUAUGGAUUAUUGUUGGGGUAAAGUAUUGCUUCAGAUAUAACCAGCGAAACCGCCAAUUACGCAAUGAGGAAACGGGCGAACCGAUAGAUUUAGUAACCAUGCCCCGACCACAUAGGCGAAGGAGAGAGAAAAAGUUGAUGAGUAUGGAUGAAGUAAACGAACGGUUUCCACUUAUCAAAUACAAAGUGUGGAGAUCUUCGCGCGCGAAUGAAGGCCUUCCAACUGCAGGUGGAAUAUCGGCGCCGAAUAGCAGGCCGCAAAGCUUGAAAGGCGAACAUGAUGUUCUAUCUACCACUAUUGGGGCACACUCUUCCACAACAAAUUCACCAAUAAUAGGCCACCAUCGAUGUACCUCGACCACAUCGCAGUCAUUUAUACCAGUUGAACAUGCACAGACGGCCUCAUCACAGUCCCAAGAGAAGGAAAAUGCCGAUCAAGCAUUUGCUGUAAUGGCUGACACCACCCAUGGCUCAGAGACAAAACAGUUACAGAGUUGCGAUUCCCUCGAGGAUGACGAGGAUGUCAAUAAUCAAAUUCGCACCGCAGUACCAGCGGAACUUUUGCCCAAUCCAGGCGAUUCGUGUGCAAUUUGCCUUGACACAAUCGACGAUGACGAUGACAUACGUGGGCUUACAUGUGGUCAUGCUUUCCAUGCAUCCUGUGUGGAUCCGUGGUUAACGAGUCGAAGAGCUUGUUGUCCCUUGUGCAAGGCCGAUUACUACGUUCCAAAGCCUCGCUCUGAUCCUGGCGGACAAACAACUAAUCCAGAACGCUCAGGCCGUCGUAACACAACACGAUUGGCUGUACCCCCACAACCACAAUCAGUAUUUAUAGGAGGGCGUGUUAACCCAUUUCGGAAUCCCCUAGCUAUAUCGGAGCGACGGGCUCCAUUGAGAAAUGGAACCCAAUCGUCCCGGCUAACUGCACCGCGUUUUUGGCGAAUACAAGAUCACAACUUUCGGCCUACUAGUAACCCGUCGAGCACAGCCCCAGAGCCUUCGAACCGGCGAAAUUGGAGGACUAGAUUUACGUCUGUUCGGUCGUUGAAUCUUUCUUUUCUGUCCUUUUCUGCUCGGAAUCAUCCUUCAAGAGAGAGUAUGCCGCAAUUGACAGACACUGCUCGCUCUACGGCCGACCGGACACCUGGCCAGCUGGAAGCCCAGUCCGGCGCCUGAGUAGCUUCAUAAAAUAUGUGUUGCAGUUCCCUUAUCCAAUUCACGUCAAACGUUGCCCUUCCUCGCUUCAUGGCAUCUGGAAUGCCAACGGGCAACGGCACGAUUAUUUACAGCGUGCAAGGUCACGCAAAGACAUGAAUAUUAUUCUGUAUAA